GCCUCAGAAAAAUCGACGGUAUGAAGUUUAUCGUUUUCGUGAAACUCGUCAGGGAGAUCAAGAAUCGCUCGAUACUUUUCAUACACGACUCAGGCAGAUAUCCAGUACAUGCGAAUUCGAAGAUGUAGACUUUGAAAUCGAGGAACAAAUAAUUAUAGGGGGUCGAUCUUCCCGUAUAAGACGCCGAGCUUUGCGUGACCCUACGUAUACCCUUAAAGACAUGCUAAUCGAUGGAAGACGGGAUGAAACCAGUUCGUAUCAAGCCCGAGAUAUAGAAACAACCCACGUACACACAGAAACAACGAACCGCUUGCAAUCGAAGUCUGAUAACAAGACUUGCAACAAUUGUGGAGGAGAAUGGCCGCACAAAAAUCAAUGCCCCGCACAAGGGAAAACAUGUCGCAAGUGCAACAAACCGAACCACUUUCAAUCAGUUUGUAGGAGCUCAAAAUUCUCGAAGCAGAAACAAAGACGUCCUGCACAUUCUCGCAAAUCACAUGCAGCGGUGAGACCUUUGCAGCAUGAGGAUAAUUCUAGUGACGAGGAAUACCUGUACACGGUCUCAAAUGGCAACGACAAAUUAUCAAAACGCAGCCCUGUGGUUAAUGUUGUGGUCGAGGGUCACAAGUUCAACAUGAUAUUGGAUACCGGAUCCACAAUCAACGUUAUCGAUAGAAAUACUUUCGAAAAGAUGCACGGAGUCAAGUUACAACAAACCAAAAUAAAAGCUUUUCCAUUCAACUCUUCGAAACCAGUUUGUUUUAUAGGAAAAUUUGAAUCGAUGAUCACAACAAAAUCUCGCUAUGGAGUUGCAACAUUUUAUGUCCUAAAAGAUCGUAAUGCUGGUUGUCACCCAGCUGGAAAAAGAGGGGAUCAUUGAAGCUGUACCAGAAAACGCGCCUUCGCAGUGGGUAUCUCCAAUCGUCGUAGUACCGAAAAAGGAUGGAUCUGUUCGUCUUUGCGUAGAUAUGCGUGUGCCAAAUACUGCAAUAAAACGUGUACGUUAUCCGAUCCCUACAUUGAAUGAUAUCAGCAUUCAACUCAAUGGUGCCAAAUAUUUCAGUAAAUUGGAUCUAAACCAAGCUUACCACCAGCUACCAUUACACAUAGACAGUCGUUUUAUCACUACCUUCAGCACACACGUAGGACUUUAUCGAUACACUUGUCUCAAUUAUGGGACAAAUGCUGCUAUGGAAAUUUUCCAGCAUGUUUUACAAGAAACUUUACAAGGUAUAAAUGGAGUGCUGAACAUCGCAGAUGACAUCGUAGUUUUUGGCAAAACUCGCAAGGAACACGAUUUAGCUUUGCAAAAUUGUUUGCAACGUCUGCAUUCAAAAUGCCUUACGCUAAAUCUCAAGAAAUGUAACUUUCUACAGAAAUCAAUUCAGUUUUAUGGACAAAUUUUCACAGAACAUGGUACGCAGCCAGAUCCAGCACGCAUAAGCGAUCUUCAGAAUGCACCAAUACCUACCAGCAUCAAAGAGGUACGAAGCCUGCUCGGAAUGGCAAACUAUAGUGCUAAGUACAUCCAAGAUUUUGCGACGCUCACUGCACCACUUCGAGAGUUGACAAAAAAGAAUACACCAUUCGUAUGGCAAGCAGUUCAACAGAAAGCAUUUGAAAACAUAAAAUUGGCUCUGUCUGAAGCUCCCGUUAUAUCGUAUUUCGAUACCAAUAAAGAAACUUUCGUUACGGUGGACGCAAGUCCCGUAGGUGUGUCCGCAAUUUUGAGUCAAGCAACCAAGAACAGUGAUGAUUACAAGGUUGUUGCUUACGCCAGUCGUGGACUGUCCGAUACUGAGAAACGAUACUCGCAAACGGAAAAAGAGGCUCUAGCCAUCGUUUGGGCCGUAGAACAUUUUCAUUUGUUCCUAUAUGGCAACGAAUUUACUUUGAUUACAGAUCACAAAUCUUUGGAAACCAUUUACGGCAGUUCAACCUCUAAGCCGUCCGCGAGGAUUGAGCGAUGGGUUUUGCGACUACAACCUUAUUCGUUUAAAGUGCAGUACAAGGCAGGAAGCGAGAACUCUGCUGAUUAUCUAUCCAGACACCCCUCCAGUCAACAAUCGCGAAAACAAGAAAGAAUUGCGGAGGAGUACGUAAACAUGAUUACGAGUCACUCUGUGCCUAAAGCUAUGUCGCUAGACGAAAUAGCGAGUGCUACCAACACUGACAAGACAUUGCAAGCAUUGCGAGCCGCUAUACGAACAAAUAGAUGGCAAGCAUCUGAUCGUUUAAAGCCUUAUUGUGCAAUCAACGAUGAGCUCACUGUUGGUGCGAAGGGAAUUGUUUUGAGAGGAACACGUUUAGUUAUACCAGAGUCACUUCAGCAACGAGCUAUAGAUAUUGCCCAUGAAGCUCACCAAGGUCUUUCCAAAACAAAAAGUCUAUUACGAGAAAAAGUAUGGUUCCCAGGUAUGGACAACCUAGUUCAGCAUACCCUAGAUUCGUGCCUGACUUGUCAAAUUGUCGGCAAACCAUCGCCACCAGAACCUCUGCAACAAACUGAUUUUCCUAAAGGACCAUGGGAAACUGUUCAUAUCGAUUUCUGUGGACCGCUUCCUUCAGGAGAUCAUCUUUUAGUCGUCAUUGAUCGUUAUUCGCGAUUUCCGAAAACCGAAAUUGUGCGAUCCACGAAAGCAUCAACUGUCAUUCCGAAGCUGGACAAAAUAUUUUCGGUACACGGCAUACCACGUGAAUUAAAGACAGAUAACGGUCCACCAUUCUCGAGUGAAGAGUUUGCACGAUAUGUAAAUAUCCUCGGUAUAAACCAUAAACCUGUCACACCUUACUGGCCGCAGGCAAAUGGAGAAGUCGAACGCUUUAAUCAGCCUCUCAUCAAAGCCGUACAAAGCGCAGUGGCAGAUGGUAAGGUAUGGCAACAAGAACUGAACCGUUUCUUGUUCCAGUAUCGUAAUACACCUCACAGCACAACGAAAAUUGCGCCAUCAGAGUUGUUAUUCAACAGGAAAGUACAAGGAAAAUUCCCUACUUUAGAGAACAAUCGCGUAAUAAAUCGACACAAAGAAGCUAGAAUAAACGAGGAACGCAGUCGAUCAUACCAAGAAACAUAUGCAGAAAAGCAAGGAAGAGCAACCUUCAAGUUGGAGAUACUGUUCUUGUCCGCCAACAAAAAAGGGACAAACUAACGACACGAUUCAGCAAAACGCAAUACAAAGUCGUAAACCGUAAAGGUACGCAGAUAACUGCAGAAGACAGUAAUCAUCGUCGUGUAACUCGCAACGUAUCAUUUUUUAAAAAAUUACGCGCUCAGAUGUCGGAUUCCGAAGAUGCCAAUCAAUCAAACGAGCCACAUACGCUUGUGAACAAGAGGUUCCUAGACCUGCUGAAAGACUAGUUAGAAAACGUUAUGCACCAGUACGAUAUGGUGAACCAAUACCAUUGGACACUUUGUAAACAGUAUACGAAAAAAACUUCUUUAAAAGGAGGAGUGAUGUAGUAACCUAAUUGACUAUGCGCAGGAGCAUUACUUUAUGUGACCCAUGUUUAUAUAGUUUCAGAUUACAGUUGACAGUAUUACAGUUAUGUGUGUAGGCCGUUUGAAGUUAAUAUAAAGUUAUCGUUUUGUUUCUGUUCAACCCAUGCGUUGUUCUAUCUCCUUCACAUCUUAACACACCACACCCCUACACAAAACGAAUAGGCUGCAAAAAAUGAAACUAUCAAUGUUAAACUCGACAUCUUGACGUACUGGAAAAAUGUUUCAAAUGGCAUCCAGACCAUUCAACAUAAAAAGCACAGCUUUUUUCUGUUUUUACAUAUCACGUUUUUUUAGCCGAUGAUAAACCUGCUAUAACUUGCCAUUUGCCUGACAUUCGGGGAAUCUUAUAAAUAUACAUAACCAAUAUUGAUAGACUAGAAAAUAGGGCCUGAAAUCCAUCCAUACGAAUGUUUCCAGGGGCGGCGAAACGUAUUUGAAAGUGGAGGGGGGAAAUAUGAAAGUCUUUAAAGAGUUUACGUUGGGCCGCCACCCUUUUGGCAGCAAAAAAAUUGUAGAUUUAAGUACUUUAGGGAUGGCUAGAGACUGAAUCUAAAAUGGAUUUUGACUGAAGGAAAAUCCGAGGCAAUAUAUUUAAGCUUUCUUUAAUCAUUAUGUCUAAUAGUUUCGUCUGUUAUGAUUUUGACUUGGAAAAAGAAUAGGUCUUGCAAAGUUUUAGAAUAACCUUUAUAAUAAAGCUUGUAAUGAAACUCUUUUUUAGAUCUUAAAAGUACCCAAAAUACGAUUGAGGAGAAAAAAAGAAACAAGGUUUACCAAAAACAGAAGAACUAUCAACUAUAAAAAAGCAAAUUAAGCAAUUUUUAUACAUGGAAUAUUGUUUUGUAACAUCUGAUCUUGAACAUUUUGGAAAAUAAGGUGCUUUACCAAAAAUCUAGAUUUUAAACUUUUCAAACUGGGCUUGUCAAAAAAGUUUUAAUAGAAUCUAUGAUUGUAUCUAGAUCUUUAUUAGUAGGAAUUGAUCAUCAAUACAACCAAAGUAUUCUUGAUGCUACUUUUAUAGAACAAAUCUGACCAUUCUUUCUUUCUCAUGUCCUCAAAAAAAAUUUUCAUCAGUUUCUUUUCCUUCAACAGUUAUUUUUCUCUUUUUGUAAUGUUUCUGAGAACUUCACUGUUAACAAAUACACCUUGUGAGCCAAGUUUAAGGCAAUUGAAAAAAAUAAAACUAUAUCAAUUUGCGCUGGCACCAAGUUAUUCUAUAUCAGGUUUCUCAACCUAUUUUCUAAGCCAAUCUGUUAUUCCUUGUACAACUUGGAAAAUGACCGAUUUCUCGGAGUAAAUUCCCAUAUUAUAUUUCAUAUAUGUCUUCUAUGAUAAAGACAUAGGAACCAAGCUGAGGCUAGGGGUAUAUUCAAGGGAUUACAAAGCACAGUUACUUGGAGAAAGAUAUGGUACAUUUUAUUCCACUAUUGCCUAAAAAAAAUUCUUUUAAUUGAUUGUAUGGAAAGUUGAUUUCUUAAUGCUUUUUUUUCAAUAAAUAGAGUAGUGCUAUCUUUAUUCACAGAAUUUUGAAGCUACAACGAUCAAUUAGCUCAGAUGGCGGAAAAUCUUCUCGAUGCUAAGAAGAAAAAUUUAGUGAACGAGACAGAAAGUUCGUCCAAAAGAUGCCAGAAUUUUGGAACACAUGGCAUCGAUGACUUGGUGUCGUUGGAAACCUACAAAGCAAAAUGGAAGGCAAUAUACAUUAUUUAUUUGGUUUCCUUUUCCAGUUCAAUAGAGUACACAAGCACAAUGCCGUCACUUUGGCCAUACCUACAAAAGGUGCGGUUUUCUCGUUUUCUGAUACCAGUAUUUUGUUAUAAUUUCUUCACUGCCAAAGAACCUUGUUAUUGUUUUUGCUUAAAUUUCUUGUCUUUAGUAUCAUUACCCAUCAUUGAUCCAUUUCAUUUGAUUUUUUAACUUAAUGUAAUUUUUACACUAUAUCCAUUCCGUAAAAAUAAAAGUUAUGAUAUACUUAAAGAAAAACUACAUUGCAAUAAAAAUUUGCUAAAUUAACUCAGAUAUUAAAUAUUUGAAUCCCAAACUUCCAUGGAUUCGUGUCGAGCUGUCUUCUGUUAUCUCAAAAGGUGAAAUAUCAUAUGAUAUGAGAAGUUGUGGGCUAGUAGUCAUGGAUCAGGUUUCUAUGGUAAUGCACAUGUAACUGGCGUUUCAUAAGAAUUAUUCUUUCAGAUACACACAUAUUUGAAAAUAACUGUUUACCAAUCUGUCAUAAAGUACUCGACGCUUUAUAGGUAGUGCUGAACCACAGUUGUCUAAUGUUGUAAACUGCUGCAUUAAACGCGAAAGAGGGUGUAGUCCACAAUUUGUAAUUCUGACUACUUUGGUAUAUCGAACGCACCACACCUAAAUCCCCAGCAGAUAACACAGCAAGAAACAACCCAGGUUCUGAGGUGAUGUGUUAAACGUGGUUCGCUAAAGAAAAAUGUUAGCAAUUAACAUACAUGAAGAUUAUAAGUUGAGAAUACGACAAGAAGCUUAAUAUUACAAUAUAAUGAAAAAGAAUAAUUAUAAAAGGUUAAUUAAUGUUAGCAGAAGAUAGAACUACGUAGAAACCCAAUUAGACUACAAAAUGUUAGCUAUGAGCUACUUAUAAAUAAAGUGAAAGAUAACUACAUAAUAAUACAUACAACUUACAAUCU